AGUCUGCCAAUAAAACGUUAUAUUCCAACCUCUCUAACUCUCUCUCUCUCUCUCUCUCUAAUCUCUGUUAUUUCUUCUUCAUCACUCUUCUCUUCUCUCUUCUCCCUUAUAUAAUAUAAUAAUAUUACAAUACUCAGAGAAACAGCAGACAAGUAGCCAGAAGAAGAAAUCCUUUGACACAUUAUUAAGGAAACAAACAUGGGAGGGGGUCACAUGGGGUGGUUCCUCUUGUGUUCUUCUUCUCUGCUUUUUUUUGCAGUGAUUGCUUCAUCUGGGUCACUCGCAAACUUGCCCAUCAUAGCCUUUGAGGAUGGCUACACCCCCUUGUUUGGGGACCAUAACUUGGCCAUCCAUAGAGAUGGAAAAUCAGUUCACCUUUCACUUGAUGAAAGAACAGGUUCUGGGUUUGUGUCUCAUGACCUUUACCUUCAUGGCUACUUCAGUGCCUCGAUUAAGUUGCCUUCUGAUUACACAGCUGGAGUUGUGGUUGCAUUUUAUAUGUCAAAUGGUGACAUGUUCCAGAAGAACCACGAUGAGAUAGACUUUGAGUUUUUGGGGAACAUUAGAGGCAAAGACUGGAGGGUUCAGACCAAUGUUUAUGGCAAUGGAAGUACCAACAUUGGUAGAGAGGAAAGAUGUGGCCUAUGGUUUGAUCCUGCUGAGGAUUUCCAUCAGUACAGUAUUCUCUGGACUGAUUCUAAGAUCGUAUUUAUGGUGGAUGAUGUUCCUAUCAGGGAAGUUAUGAGAACAGAAUCUAUGGGAGGAGAUUUCCCCUCAAAGCCAAUGACUUUGUAUGCCACCAUAUGGGAUGCAUCUGAUUGGGCCACCAAUGGAGGCAAAUAUAGAGUAAAUUACAAGUAUGCACCCUAUGUUGCUGAGUUCUCAGACCUUGUUCUGCAUGGCUGUGCAGUUGAUCCCAUUGAGCAUGUGACCAAGUGUGACAGUAGUUUCCAAGAUUCUGAGGCAGAGCCUUCUGGCAUCACCCCAGCACAAAGAACCAAAAUGGACAACUUCAGGUUGAAGCACAUCACAUACUCUUACUGCUAUGACACUGUUAGAUACAAAGUCCCUCCACCAGAGUGUGUCAUCAAACCCCAAGAAGCUCAAAGGCUUAGAAAGUUUGAUCCCGUCACGUUCGGCAACGGCCGGCGCCACCGUGGAAAACGACACCACCGUAGUAGAGGUAGUCAGGAAGAGGCUGCCUCUUCAUUUUAAUGUAUGCUUCUGUAUGCAGAUUUUGUCAUAAAGGAAAUAUGUUUUUAUCUUUGAAUC